AUGGCCGACCAGGCCUUUGAAAAGACGCAGGAAGCUGUCGCCGGAGGCAGCCCUGCCGUCGUCGACGAGAAGAACACGGCCGACGCGAACCCGCCUUCGCGAUCAUCCACUUCCACCGCCACUGACAGUUCCGAGAACCGGCGAGAGGAGGCCCGCCGCAACAACCCCGAUGGAUUCAGCGCCAUCCACACCGGUGUCUCGGUUCACCAGGCCGAGGCCGAGUUUGCUGAGCUGCAGCGCGAGCUGUCUGGCUUGUCGCGCGCAAGCAGGGUAAACAGUCGCAACAGUCGCAACAAGCAUCAAGAUGUCGAGAAGGCCGUCGCAAACGUCAACUCGUCCUCGCCCUCCUCCGACACCGAGGGUGAACAGUUCGACCUCGAGGCCGUCCUGCGCGGUGGCGUCGAGGCCGAGCGCCAGGCCGGCAUUAGACCGAAGCACAUCGGUGCCUACUGGGACGGCCUUACCGUCAAGGGCAUGGGUGGCACCACCAACUACGUGCAGACAUUCCCCGAUGCUUUUGUCAACUUCGUCGACUACGUCACCCCGGUCAUGGACCUGCUUGGACUGAACAAGAAGGGCGUCGAGGCCACCUUGUUGGACAACUUCAAGGGUGUCUGUAAGCCCGGCGAGAUGGUUCUGGUCCUGGGUAAACCUGGCUCUGGCUGCAGUACUUUUCUCAAGACCAUCGCCAACUGGCGCGAUGGCUACACCGCCGUCGAAGGUGAGGUGCUCUACGGCCCCUUUACUGCCGGCGAGUUCAAGCAGUACCGCGGCGAGGCCGUCUACAAUCAGGAAGACGACAUCCACCACGCCACCCUCACCGUCGAGCAGACACUGGGUUUUGCUCUCGACACCAAGCUCCCUGCGAAGCGCCCUGUCGGCCUGUCCAAACAGGAUUUCAAGGAGCACGUCAUCUCCACCCUCUUGAAGAUGUUCAACAUCGAGCACACCCGCCACACCAUCGUCGGCGACGCCUUGGUGCGCGGUGUUUCUGGUGGCGAACGCAAGCGUGUUUCCAUCGCAGAGAUGAUGAUCAGCAACGCCUGCGUUCUCUCCUGGGACAACAGCACCCGCGGCCUCGAUGCCAGUACCGCCCUCGACUUCGUCAAGUCUCUGCGCGUCCAGACGAAUCUGUACCGGACCACCACCUUCGUCUCUCUCUACCAGGCCUCCGAGAACAUCUACAACCACUUUGACAAGGUCAUGGUCAUCGACGCCGGAAAGCAGGUCUACUUCGGCCCCGCCAAGGAGGCCCGCGCCUACUUUGAGGGUCUCGGCUUUGCGCCCCGCCCCAGACAGACCACGCCCGACUACGUGACCGGAUGCACCGACGAGUUCGAGCGAGAGUACGCCCCCGGCCGCUCGCCCGAGAACGCGCCCCACAGCCCCGAGACCCUUGCCGAGGCCUUCCAGGCGUCCAAGUUCAAGAAGCUGCUCGACAGCGAGAUGGAAGAGUACAAGGCCCGCCUCGCGCAGGAGAAGGAGAAGCACGAGGACUUCCAGGUCGCCGUCAAGGAGGCCAAGCGCGGCACCUCCAAAAAGUCCGUCUACGCUGUUGGCUUCCACCUACAGGUGUGGGCGCUGAUGAAGCGCCAAUUCGUCCUCAAGCUGCAAGACCGCCUCGCUCUCGCCCUCUCCUGGAUCCGCUCCAUCGUCAUCGCCCUCGUCCUCGGUUCCCUCUUCUUCCGUCUCGGUUCGACUUCUGCCAGCGCCUUCAGCAAGGGCGGUGUCAUGUUCAUCUCGCUCUUGUUCAACGCCUUCCAGGCCUUCUCGGAACUCGGAAGUACCAUGACUGGUCGCGCGAUCGUCAACAAACACAAAGCCUACGCCUUCCACCGACCUUCUGCCCUCUGGAUUGCCCAGAUCAUCGUCGACCAGGCCUUUGCAGCCACACAGAUUUUCGUCUUUUCCGUCAUUGUAUAUUUUAUGAGCGGCCUUGUCCGCAACGCUGGGGCUUUCUUCACGUUUUACCUCAUGAUUCUGUCAGGAAACAUCGCCAUGACCCUGUUCUUCAGGAUUCUCGGCUGCAUAAGCUUCGGUUUCGACCAAGCCAUCAAACUCGCCGUCGUGCUAAUCACCUUCUUCGUCGUGACAUCCGGCUACAUCAUCCAGUACCAGUCUGAGCACGUGUGGAUUCGAUGGAUCUACUGGGUCAACGCGCUCGGUCUUGCCUUCAGCGCCAUGAUGGAGAACGAGUUCAGCCGGCAGAAGCUCACAUGCUCUGGCACGUCGCUCAUUCCAUCGGGCCCUGGCUAUGGCGACAUCAACCACCAAGUCUGCACCCUUCCUGGCUCCGAGCCCGGCACCACUCUCGUCGACGGUUCGGCAUACAUUGCAGCUGCAUUCAGCUACUUCAAGGGCGAUCUGUGGCGCAACUGGGGCAUCAUCUUUGCCCUCAUCGUCUUCUUCCUCAUCAUGAACGUCACUCUCGGUGAACUCAUCAGCUUUGGCAACAACAGCAACUCAGCCAAGGUCUACCAGAAGCCCAACGAGGAGCGCAAGAAGCUCAACGAGGCUCUCGUUGAGAAGCGAGCCGCCAAGCGCCGCGGCGACAAGCAGGAGGGCUCUGAGCUGAGCAUCAAGUCGGAGGCCGUCCUGACCUGGGAGGACCUCAACUAUGACGUCCCUGUUCCCGGAGGAACCCGUCGCCUGCUCAACAACAUCUACGGCUACGUCAAGCCCGGCCAGCUCACUGCUCUGAUGGGUGCUUCCGGUGCGGGCAAGACCACCCUCCUUGAUGUUCUUGCGUCCCGCAAGAACAUUGGUGUUAUUCACGGUGACGUUCUUGUCGACGGCAUGAAGCCCGGAAAGCAGUUCCAGCGAAGCACAUCGUAUGCCGAGCAGCUUGAUCUCCACGAUCCCACUCAGACCGUCCGCGAGGCCCUCCGCUUCUCCGCCCUCCUGCGUCAGCCCUACGAGACCCCCAUCCCGGAGCGGUUCUCGUACGUCGAGGAGAUCAUCGCCCUGCUCGAGAUGGAGCACAUCGCCGACUGUAUCAUUGGAUCCCCCGAAUUCGGCCUGACGGUCGAGCAACGGAAGCGCGUCACGAUCGGUGUCGAGCUGGCUGCCAAGCCCGAGCUCCUCCUCUUCCUCGACGAACCCACCUCCGGUCUUGACAGCCAGAGCGCCUUCAACAUCGUGCGCUUCCUUAAGAAGCUUGCCGCCGCCGGACAGGCCAUCCUCUGCACCAUCCACCAGCCCAACGCCGCCCUGUUUGAGAACUUUGACCGUCUCCUGCUCCUCCAGAAGGGCGGACGCACCGUCUACUUCGGCGACAUUGGCCAGGACGCCGUCGUCCUGCGCGACUACCUGAAGCGCCAUGGCGCCGUCGCCAAGCCCACCGACAACGUCGCCGAAUACAUGCUCGAGGCCAUCGGCGCGGGCUCUGCGCCCCGCGUCGGGAACAAAGACUGGGCCGACAUCUGGGAAGACAGCGCCGAGCUUGCUAACGUCAAGGACACCAUCAGCCAGUUGAAGGAGCAGCGCUUGGCGGCGGGCCGGACCACGAACCACGACCUCGAGAGGGAGUACGCCAGCCCGCAGUGGCACCAGCUCAAGGUGGUCGUGAAGCGCAUGAACCUCAGCUUCUGGCGCAGCCCCGACUACCUCUUCACCCGUCUCUUCAACCAUGUCAUCGUCGCCCUCAUCACCGGUCUCACCUACCUCAACCUCGACCAGAGCCGCAGCGCGCUGCAGUACAAGGUCUUUGUCAUGUUCGAAGUCACCGUUCUGCCGGCCCUCAUUAUCAGCCAGGUCGAGAUCAUGUUCCACAUCAAGCGCGCCCUCUUCUUCCGCGAGUCGUCGUCCAAGAUGUACAACCCGCUGAUCUUCGCCGCCGCCAUGACCGUCGCCGAGCUGCCGUACUCCAUCCUGUGCGCCGUCACCUUCUUCCUGCCGCUGUACUACAUGCCAGGCUUCCAGUCCGAGUCGUCCCGCGCGGGCUACCAGUUCUUGAUGAUCCUCGUCACCGAGCUCUUCUCCGUCACCCUGGGUCACGCCAUCGCCUCUCUGACGCCCAGCCCCUUCAUCUCGUCGCAAUUCGACCCCUUCCUCAUGAUCACCUUUGCCCUCUUCUGCGGUGUCACCAUCCCCGCCCCGCAGAUGCCCGCCUUCUGGCGCUCCUGGCUCUACCAGCUCGACCCCUUCACGCGCCUCAUCGGCGGUAUGGUCGUCACGGCGCUGCACGACCUCAAGGUCGUCUGCUCCAAGGCCGAGUUCAAUCCCUUCACGGCGCCGCCGGGCCAGACGUGCGGCGAGUACAUGCAGCCCUUCUUCGACAACGGGGGGCCCGGGUACCUUGCCAACAACGACACGUCGAACUGCGAGUACUGCGCCUACAAGGUCGGCGACGAGUUCUACCAGCCCUUGGGGUUGGAUUUCAACCACCGUUGGAGGGAUAUUGGUAUCUUUGCGGCGUUUGUCGGUAGCAACAUCAUUAUUAUUUUUAUGGCCAGCAAGUUCUUGAACUUCAACCGCAGAUGA